UUCAUCACGUCCUCACGCAGGAGCUUGUCCUACAUCAAGAUCUUCAAUGUGGGCAGCAGGUACCUGGUGAACCGGGUCCGGGACCACAUUCAGAGCCGGAUAGUGUACUACCUCAUGAACAUCCACGUCACCCCGAGGUCCAUCUACCUGUGUCGCCACGGCGAGAGCGAGCUCAACCUCGUGGGUCGCAUCGGGGGAGACUCCGGGCUGUCGCCUCGCGGCGCAAAGUUUGCCAGUGCUCUGGGGACGUACAUGCGUGGGCAGUCCAUCAGCGACCUGAAGGUGUGGACGAGCCACAUGAAGAGGACCAUCCAGACUGCAGAGGCCCUGGGGGUCCCGUAUGAACAGUGGAAGGCCCUCAAUGAGAUAGACGCUGGGGUUUGUGAGGACAUGACAUAUGAGGAGAUUCAGGAGAAUUACCCAGAGGAGUUUGCACUGAGGGACCAAAACAAGUAUCGGUACCGCUACCCUAAAGGAGAGUCUUACGAGGACCUGGUCCAGCGUCUGGAGCCGGUCAUCAUGGAGCUAGAGAGACAGGAGAAUGUUUUGGUCAUCUGUCACCAGGCGGUUAUGAGAUGUCUGCUCGCCUACUUCCUGGACAAGACUGCUCAUGAGCUGCCCUACCUGAAGUGUCCUCUGCACACGGUGCUGAAGCUCACCCCGGUGGCCUACGGUUGUAAAGUGGAGACUGUCUUCCUGAACAUUGAAGCUGUCAACACUCACAGAGACAAACCAGAGAAUGUGGACGUGGACAGAGAACCGGCGGAGGCUUUAGAGACGGUCCCAGACCACAUCUAGAGGACGCCACAGGGAGCUGGUCUCACUUCCACCCAGAGCCUCGUGGGGAAGUGAUGUAAUGAAGUGAUCACAGUGUUCAUUGUUAUCAUGGUGAAUGAAGUAAUGAGACGUUUCUGCGAUGGCGGCCAUUGUAACUUCCAUUGUAAAUGCACUUUAUAAUGCAGGGCUCAGGCCACAUAUGUGUGAUAAAUGAAGGAGAGGCUUCCUUUACUGUGAAAAAUGA